CUUUUCCAAAACACCCAUAUAAAAAUGCAAUAUUGUUUAAUCUUCAAACAAAAAAUUAAUGUUCUUUCUUGGUUUAUAUCUACGACGAUUCCUCUUGUUUCUAACAGCUAACAAUAAAAGGAAGUUCUUUCUUGGUAUAUAUAAGGCACACAAACAUUUAUAUCCAUCAUCUGAAUCCAAUCAUUUUCGACUUUUUUUUUUUUUUCCACCAAUGGUUGACAUCUACUUCAUACUCUUACUCAUUUCGUUUAUCUCCAUUCUAUUCAUCCGAUCCUAUUAUGCAUCUUCCCUGUGCAAAUCCCGGCUUCUUCCGAGCCCCUUGGCUCUUCCGAUCAUCGGACACCUCCACCUCCUUGCUCCAAUCCCUCACCAAGCUUUACACAAGCUCUCCACUCGAUAUGGUCCAGUAUUCCGAUUCUUACUCGGAUCAGUACCUUGUGUUGCUGUUUCUUCACCGGAAAUGGCAAAAGAAUUCCUUAGAACAUACGAAGCUUCCUUCUUAGAUCGACCCCGAAACACCACAACAGUCUACUUGACCUACGGGUCAAAAGAUUUCAUGUUUGCUCCUUAUGGAUCCUACUGGAAACUCAUGAAGAAACUGAUUAUGUCGGAGCUCUUAAACGGUAGAACCCUCGAUUUACUUCUUCCUGUACGACAAGACGAGAUUAAUCGGUUCAUGAACAUGUUAUCACAAAACGCAAAACUUGGUAUGCCUGUGGAUCUUAAAGGCGAGCUUUUCAAGUUGACAAACAACGUGAUUUCGAGAAUGAUUGUGAGCGAAAGGUGUUCGGAGGAUGAAAACGAAGCAUCUAAUAUGAUGAAGCUGGUUACCGAGAUAACAGAGAUUAGCGGUAGAUUUAACCUCGCAGAUUACAUCUGGUUCUGUAAGAAUCUUGAUUUACAAGGGUUUGGAAAACGUUUAAAGGAGAUACACCCACUUUACGAUAACUUGAUAGAAAGGAUCAUACGUGAGCAUGAAGAAGAAAGGAGGAAGAAGAAGGACAAAGAUGAAGUGAAGGACCUUCUGGACAUUCUACUCAAUGUUUCAGAAGAUGAUUCCAUGGAGCUGAAAGUGAGCAGAGAAAACAUUAAAGCCUUUAUUCUGAACUUAUUCGUUGCAGGAUCAGACUCAUCCGCACUUACUGUAGAAUGGGGUUUAGCCGAACUAAUCAACAAUCCCAGAGUAAUGAAAAAAGCAAUAGAAGAAAUAGAUCGAGUUAUCGGAAAAAACCGAAUACUAGAAGAAUCCGACAUACCGAAUCUUCCAUACCUCCAAGCAAUCGUGAAGGAAACCCUAAGGUUACACCCCACAGCGCCAAUAAUCCCGAGAACAUCAACCGAAGAUUGCGUAGUCGGAGGCUACCAUAUUCCUUCAAAAACUACUGUUUUUGUAAAUGUUUGGGCCCUUGGUAGGGAUCCGGAGAAUUGGAAGGAUCCACUGGAGUUCAAUCCUGAAAGGUUUGAAGGGAGUCAGGUGGAUGUUAGAGGACAACACUUCCAGAUGUUGCCGUUUGGGAGCGGGAGACGAAUGUGUCCUGGGAUGUCUUUAGCGAUGCAAAUCGCACAAGUGGCUUUGGGUGCGAUGCUUCAAUGCUUCGAGUGGAAGGCUGGUCAACACGGGGAUACGACUCGUGUUGAUAUGAAAGAGGGACCUGGGAUCACACUUCCUAGAGCUAAUCCUUUGGUUUGUAUUCCUGUGCCAAGACUUCAUUCACUCUGCUGACACUCGCGGAUUUAAAGUUUGGGUAAAAAAAAAAAAAAAAAAAAAAAAAGACUUGUAAA